AUGGCCCCCAAACGCCAGUCUCCACUCCCACCUCAAAAGAAGAAACCAAGACCACCUCCUGCUCAGGGACUGGAGGAGACAUCGGCCUCUGCAGGCUUGCCGAAGAAGGGAGAAAAAGAACAGCAAGAAGCAAUUGAACAUAUUGAUGAAGUACAAAAUGAAAUAGACAGACUUAAUGAACAAGCCAGUGAGGAGAUUUUGAAAGUAGAACAGAAAUUCAACAAACUCCGCCAACCAUUUCUUCAAAAGAGGUCAGAAUUGAUCGCCAAAAUCCCAAAUUUUUGGGUAACAACAUUUGUCAACCAUCCACGAGUGUCUGCACUGCGUGGGGAGAAGGACAAAGAGGCACUGCAUUAUUUGACCAGAGUUAAAGUGACAGAAUUUGAAGAUAUUAAAUCAGGUUACAGAAUAGAUUUUUAUUUUGAUGAAAAUCCUUACUUUGAAAAUAAAGUUCUCUCCAAAGAAUUUCAUCUGAAUGAGAGUGGUGAUACAUCUUCAAAGUCCACUGAAAUCAAAUGGAAAUCUGGAAAGGAUUUGACGAAAUGUUCAAGUCAAACACAGAAUAAAGCCAGCAGGAAGAGGCAGCAUGAGGAACCAGAGAGCUCCUUUACCUGGUUUGCUGACCAUUCUGAUGCAGGUGCUGAUGAAUUAGGAGAGGUCGUCAAAGAUGAUAUUUGGCAAAACCCAUUACAAUACUACUUGGUUCCUGAUAUGGAUGAUGAAGAAGGAGGAGGAGAAGAAGAUGAUAAUGAUGAAGAAGAGGAGGAAUGA